GGCCCUGGGCCGAGCCGGGACCGGGGGGCAGCGACCCGCGGGCACAGAGUGACACGGGGUGGCCAAAGCCACCGGCACCGUGGCACCGGGCGAGCAGCGCAACCAGUAACGCCAUGUCAGUGGGUGAUAGUGGCACCCCGCGCUGUGACACUGGGUGACAGGAGCCACCCCAUAGCCCACGUCGUGACACUGGGUGACAAAGCCACUUUGUGCUGUGACACUGGAUGGCAGGAGCCACCCCAUGUUGUGACACUGGAUGAUCAGAGCCACCCCAUAGCCCAUGCUGUGACACUGGUGAUCGGAGCCACCCCAUAGCCCAUGCUGUGACACUGGGUGACCCAAGCACCCUACGCUGUGACACCGGGUGAGCGGCAGGCCCGGUGCACACUGUGACACCGUGUGACCACAUCCACCCUGUGCAAACCAUCCCAGUGCCAGUGAUGCCACAUCCCCACCGUGACCCCACAGGUCAGAGCGUGCCCAUGGCGGGUACCGGUGCCCCGGGGCUCCUCCUGUGCGUGGCUCUGGUGGCAGCGGUGGCACCACGGGGGACGUGGUGCGGGAGCUGCCCUGCGCACUGCGUCUGCGCCUCCAACAUCCUGAGCUGCUCACAGGCGGUGCUGAGCGCGGUGCCGGCGCCGCUGCCGCGCUUCACCGCCGUGCUGGACCUCAGCCACAACAACGUGAGCCGGCUGCGCGCCGACUGGGUGCCGGGGCGCCUGGCGCACCUCCACGCGCUGCUGCUCAGCCACAACGGGCUCUCCUUCGUCUCCACCGAAGCCUUCACCCACGUCCCUCACCUGCGCCACUUGGACCUGUCCUCCAACCGCUUGCGCGCGCUGGAGGAGAACCUCUUCAGUGACCUCACCGAGCUGGAGGUGCUGCUCCUCUACAACAACGAGAUCUCCACCGUGGACCGCACCGCCUUCGAGAACCUCAACCGCCUCCGGAAGCUCUACCUGGGGCAGAACCGCAUCUCGCGCUUCCCGCUGGAGCUGCUGCGGGACGGGAGCCGCCUGCCCCAGCUCGCUUUGCUCGACCUGUCCGCGAACCGGCUGCGGCAUGUGCCGGUGGGCGAGCUGCAGGCGCUGCCCGCCUGGCUGCGCGACCGCCUCUACCUGCACGGCAACCCGCUGGCCUGUGACUGCCCCCUCUUCCAGCUCAUGGCCCGCGGCCGCCGCCGCCGCCUCAGCGCCGUCGUGGACUUCCAGGAGGAGCUGCGGUGCGUGCUCCCGUCGGCGCCGGCGCCCGUCGGCAUCCUGGCGCUAGCGGGGCGGGCGCCGCUCAACUGCAGCGAGGCGCGGGAGGCGGUGCUGGAGGCGCACCUCGGCGACACCGUCACGCUGAGCUGCGACACGCGGGUGCGCGGGGCGCGGAGCCGGCACUGGGUGACGCCGGGCGGGGAGCGGGUGCUGCAGGAGGGCGGGAACGGCAGCGCGGCGCUGCUGGCCAACGGCAGCCUCCAGCUGCGGGCGCUGCGCCCCGAGGACGCGGGUACCUACGCGUGCUGGGUGGCGGGGCCGCUGCUCAACGAGACGCUGUACGUGGAGCUGCUGGUGCACAACUUCACCCUGCACGGGCCCCACGACACGCUCAACACGGCGUACACCACGCUGGUGGGCUGCAUCCUGAGCGUGGUGCUGGUGCUCAUCUACCUGUACCUCACCCCCUGCCGCUGCUGCUGCUGCCGCGGCACCGACAAGCCCCCCGCGCCCCGCGACGACAGCAUCAACUCCUCGGUGCUCAGCGCUACCCCCAACCACGCCGCCGGUAGCGCCGGGGAGACGGGGCGGUCCCGCUCCGCCUCCGGCGCCAGUGUGGGGCAGAACGGGCGGUUCAAAGCGGGGGGGACGCCGCAGGUGCCCCCCCGGCACGGCCCCCGGGCGCAGAGGAAGGUGUCGGAUCCGGACUCGGUCAGCUCCGUGUUCUCCGACACCCCCAUUGUGGUGUAGAGGGGGGACACCCCAUGUCCACCCCCCCCCCAAAGGAUGCGCUGCGAGCAAGGGGGGGCCAGCCAGGACCCCCAUUGCCAUCGCCCCCCCAGGACUGAGCAUCACCCCACCGGCCUCCGUGGGACCAUAAGGGACAAUGGGGGGCUCUGUGGGGACACCGGGGUGGCACCGGCACCCCCUCCUGCAUGUGUAUUGCAAAGCAUGAGCCCCCCCCGGCCAGACCUUGGUGGGGGGAACACGAGGGGCACGUCACUCCCCAACACCGCCCCCCCCAUGCAACCCACAACCACAAGCAGAGCCCCCCACUGCAGAGAGGGGGACCCCAGCACCCCAAAUGGGGGCACCCCACGCACCCCCCGGCCUGUG